AUGAGGAAGAUCAGAAGAUUGAUAAUGGCUUUGAAUAUCAUUUUCUUUGCUUGGCUGAUCCUUGCCGGAAACCAGCCUAGUACUGCAAUAAGCACAUCUGAUGAUGAUCUGUGUGCUGAACAGAAGUGUAGCCCUGAUGGCCCGGCCGUGAGGUUCCCGUUUGUGCUCCAGGGAAAGCAGCCUGAAUACUGUGGUCAUGAUUCAAGCUUCAAUCUCCACUGUGACCAACUCAACCGCACUAUACUUGAGCUGCCUUCCUCAUCCAUAAAAGUUCAGGUAACCAACAUCUCCUAUCUGUCUCAAAUGAUGGAAGUACUGUCUGUCGAAACCUGCUUUGCAAAGCACCUAAGAGAUCUGGACAUAUCCGCCACCCCCUUUUGGUAUGACUCGCCAGAGUCCUAUCAAUAUGAACUUCCCGGCUUCUUGAACGGUAAUAACUACUCAUUAUUCAAUUGCUCCUCAGCAAGAGCAGACAAUGGUUAUUUUUGGUCUAAGGUCGAUUGUCUAGAGAACAAUGGGUACAACGUUCAUGCAACAUAUCAAGAUAUGGGAAUUCCAUAUGUAGCAGAAGUUAUGGAAUCUUGUACAAAGAUGUAUGACGUGAAAUUGGUUACGGGGACACUAUUUCAAACAGAUUUCUUGGAACUGUUUUGGUCUUUGCCGCUGUGUCGGAAGUGUGAGUUACAUGGUGGAAUUUGCAGAUGGAAAGGCGGAAGUAGAAAUGAAAUUGGGUGCUUAAGAGGAAACAAACACCAGUCUGGGAUACUGAAGAAACGUUUAUUUAUUUCUGGUAAGUUUUGUGGUUUUUCUUUUUUUCUUUAUCUCAAACCAGCUGAGGAUUGA